UUUUACUUUUCAAUCUUAUUCCUCAACACAUAGAACAAGGCAAAAGCCAAUCCUAUCGUCCCACCUUCCGUGAAUGACCAGCUGCAAACAAAAGUAGAAUAAAAAUAACCAUACGGCAUGAAAAUUCAAAUGACUAUCCAUUCCACACUAUCUUCCCUCCUUUUUUAAACGAACCAACCUAACCAUUCCAUUACACCAAAAAUGAACAACUUGAAACAAAGCAAAGAAAAAAUGACCCCGCAAUUCUUCUGUUUCUUCCUGUCCCUGGCAAUUUUCCUCUCUCUUCAAUCAUCAGCCACAAUCUUUUUAGGGGACACCCUCUACGCCUCAACCCCAAAUCAAUCAUGGUCCUCACCCAAUUCCACCUUUUCCAUCUCCUUCAUCGCCACAGGCUCCAAUUCUUACAUUGCCUCCAUCACCUACUCUGGUGGAGUUCCAAUUUGGACCGUAGGCAGCACUGUUGACUCCGGUGGGGCUCUCCAGUUACUCCCUAACGGAGCCUUACGCCUCACCAAUGGCUCAGGCGCCAAUCUCUGGGACUCUGGCACGGCCAACCGUGGGGUUUCUUACGCAUCCCUGGAAGACUCAGGCGAACUUCGGCUACUCAACAAUGCUAAUCUCACAGUCUGGUCUUCUUUUGAUAACCCCACUGAUACCAUCCUCCCAUUGCAGAAUUUCACUAUUGGGAAGGUUCUGCAAUCUGGUUUGUAUUCCUUUUCUUUUCUAAGGUCGGGUAAUCUAACUUUGAGAUGGAAUGAAACUGUAGUCUAUUGGAAUAAAGGAUUGAAUUUAUCAUUACAUGCUAAUUUAACUACGGCCAGAUUAGUGUUGCAUCCUAUUGGAAUCCUGUCAGUUUUUGAUCCUUCAUUGACUAAUAGAGAAAUUGUGGCUUAUAGUAGUGAUUAUGCAGAAGGAAGUGAUAUUUUGAGGUUUUUGAGAUUAGAUAAUGAUGGGAAUUUAAGGAUUUAUAGUUCAGUCAGGGGUAGUGGAACUAUAACCAUGAGAUGGGCAGCUGUUUCUGAUCAGUGUCAGGUUUUUGGUUACUGUGGAAAUCUAGGAAUUUGUGGUUACAACGGUUCAAACCCGAGUUGCGAGUGUCCAUCGGAGGAUUUCGAGCAUGUUGAUUUGAAUGAUAGAAGAAAAGGGUGUAGAAGGAAAGUUGAGAUUGAGGAUUGUCCAGGGAAUAAUACUACCAUGCGGCCAUUGGAUCAUUCCAUGUUCUUGACUUAUCCACCAGAGUCCCUUUCUCAGGCUUUCUUCUUGGGGAUGUCAAGUUGUAGAUUGAACUGCCUAGUGAGUCGAUCUUGUGUUGCUUCCACUUCUUUGGUAGAUGGAUCAGGGUUAUGUUACUUGAAAACAUCAAGCUUUGUUAGUGGGUAUCAGGUUCCAGUAAUUCCUAGCACUUCUUAUAUCAAGGUUUGUGGUUCACAGGCAUAAUGUCCCCAGGAAUUGGAAACGAUGCGCCCUUUUUAUUUUUUUUAUUUUUUUCAUGUUUCAA